AUGCAUUUAUACUAUAAUCAUAUUGCUGUAUCAAAAUCAGAUGGCCACGCACCAGCUGUAAUAAUACCUCAUGCAAUAAUAGCCAUUCAAAUUUCAAGCUCAGCUUUUGCAACAAUAGCAUCUCUCUGUAUCUUGGGAAUUUGCUUGGCCCUAAUAUGUCUUGGUUUUAAUAUUGUCAAACGCAAGCAUAGGUUUAUUAAAAUGUCAAGUCCCAACAUAAAUAAUUUAUUAACAAUUGGUUGCAUUAUAUGCUAUGUGGCAAUCAUCCUAUUUGGUGUGGAUACUAAUUUUAUGGCAUCAGUUAACCUGCCGAUCAUUUAUGCCAUGAGAGUAUGGUUUCUUUGCAUUGGAUUUACCAUUGCAUUUGGAUCAUUAUUUGUUAAGACUUGGCGAGUUUAUAGAAUUUUUAAUAAUAAAACUGGAAGGAAAAUAAUUAUUAGAGAUGGGUCUCUAAUUCGUGCUGUAAUGCAGUUGGUGUUGAUUGAUGUUGCAAUAUUAUUAAUUUGGCUAUUAGUUGAUCCAUAUAAGCUUAAACAACAGACUAGUUUCGUUUAUGAGCCUAUAACGAUCGCAGGCACUUCGUAUCGUGGCAAAGAAAUUAUUCAGUACACAUGCACAAGCACUCAUUCCAUAUUAUGGCUUGCAGUUAUUUAUAGCUAUAAAGGCUUAUUGAUGCUUUUUGGAGCUUAUUUGGCAUUUGCAACUCGUCGUGUGGCUAUUGAAGCUCUCAAUGAUUCACAAUAUAUUGCCGUAUGCAUCUACCAAGUUACUAUCCUCAGCAUGAUUUCUGUUGCUAUUAGCUUCAUCACAUCAACUAAUGUUGAUUUAAGCUAUAUGCUCUUUUCUGGCAUGUCGCUGCUUUGCGUAACUUCGGUUUUAUGCAUCGUCUUUAUCCCUAAGGUAAUUUUAAAUUCUACUAAUGAUUUUAUUCUGCAUAAAUCAGCUGCAAGACCAUGCAUGAGUUGUUCUAGAGAUUUUAUCAAAUUACUCUCACUGCAUUUAUUUAACCUUAAAAACUCUGCUAAUUAG